AUGCUUGGCUCUUCCUUACUCCCCAGGAGGCUUCGAGGCACUCCAGCUGCAGAUACUGCGGCCACACCGAUUUGGUUGAACAAGAGGGUGACGCCCUUCCUCCAGGCGAUCUCGCGCCCAGCAAGUCUCCAUCCUAUACAUACCAUUGUCAUCGUUGCCGUACUGGCUAGCACAACAUAUAUGGGCUUGAUAGAAAGCAGCUUAUUCAACUCUGUCAAAUCCAAUACAGCUGGAAAAGCAGACUGGCCGUCUCUCCUCGAAGGGAGCCGACAAUUGAGAGUGGACGCAGACACAGAUUGGAAAUGGCAGAAUUCUGAUACGGAGAGUGCGAUUUCUCACGGAGUGGACCAUUUGGCUCUGCUGACCUUCGUCUUCCCCGAUUCGUUGGCUGCCAACUCACCGCAAAAUGCCCCACUGGCCGAUACCUUACCCCUUCCCCAAAAUCUCUCGGUCACGACUUUACCGUCAACCUCGAAUCCACUGUCUGCAAUUUCCCAGGAUAGCACAUUAGCAUAUGCUGUCCCAUAUAGCCAGGCCCCGGAGUUUCUUGCUCGGGCUCAAGAACUCCCUAAUGCCGGGACAAUACCGACAGACGAGAAUGCCCGCCAUGGAUAUGAAGCGGAGCCGAUCAAAGAGCAGAAGAAGUGGAUUAUGAAAGCUGCUAAAGCCGAUGUGACGGGAGGAAGCGUGAGAAAUUGGGUCUACAACGCCUGGACUGAGUUCGUGGAUCUGUUGAAGAACGCCGAAACUCUGGACAUCAUAAUCAUGGUGCUGGGCUACAUCUCCAUGCACUUGACGUUCGUGUCCCUCUUCGUCUCUAUGCGGAGAAUGGGAUCCAAUUUCUGGCUCUUUGCAACAACCCUGUUCUCCUCUGUUUUCGCAUUCCUCUUUGGUCUUAUUAUGACUACCAAGAUGGGUGUACCAUUGAACAUGGUUCUCUUAUCUGAAGGCCUCCCUUUCUUGGUGGUUACCAUUGGCUUUGAGAAAUCGAUCGUUCUGACAAAGGCCGUCCUCUCCGCAGCUCUUGAUACUCGACGACCUCGCCCACAAGACAGUCCGAAGUUAGCGGCGCAAAAUGUUGGCGUAUCAUCGACAUCUAUGCAGUAUGCCGUUCAAGUUGCAAUCCAGGAGAAGGGCUAUGAAAUUGUUCGGGAUUAUGCAAUCGAGAUAUGCAUCUUGGCUGCAGGAGCUGCUUCAGGCGUCCAAGGAGGUCUUCAACAAUUUUGCUUCCUGGCUGCUUGGAUUCUGGUUUUCGACUGCAUUCUACUUUUCACCUUUUACACGGCCGUCUUGAACAUCAAGCUCGAAAUCAACCGCAUUAAACGCCACAUCGCCCUCCGGCAAGCACUGGAAGAUGACGGAGUCAAUCGACGCGUUGCCGAGAAUGUAGCUCAGAGCGACGAGUGGCCAAAGGCUGACAAGUCAAAUAACGAGACCAAUAUCUUUGGGCGCAAAGUUCGAGACAGCAGCGUGCCGAAAUUCAAGGUUCUAAUGGUCUCUGGCUUCAUUAUUAUCAAUCUUCUCAACCUCGUCACAAUUCCAUUCCGUGGUGGAAAAAGCCACGCUGAGCCUCUAACCGUAUCUGGACUUUCUGGACAAGGCCUUUCGAGUGUCACGACACUACCCCCAAUGGACCCUUUCAAAGUAGCGUCGAAUGGGCUUGACUAUAUUUUUGAGACAGCAAAGUCUCAUGAUAGACCCACCGUCGUCACUAUUCUCACUCCGAUCAAAUAUGAGCUAGAGUAUCCCUCUGUUCACUAUGGAAAGCCUUCAAGGCGUCCCAAUGGCCAUGAUCAUCUGGACUUUGAUGAUUUGGGAGAUUAUGGAAUGAGUGGGCGCGUCAUGGACAGCUUACUGCGAAGCCUAGAGGAUCCAGUCUUAUCAAAAUGGAUCAUGGUUGCUCUUGCACUGAGCGUAGUCCUCAAUGGAUACCUCUUCAAUGCUGCAAGAUGGAGUAUCAAGGAACCACUCCAGAUGCCUCCUCACCAUGCUGUUACUCCAGCAGAGCUCGACCAAGCAGAAAGGUUCAACAACGCUGCUGCCCCAACGUUAAAGCUGACCGGAGUUGAUGGCCAAGUCCAGGACAGAUUCCCUCCUCCGACACCCGCGUCAACGGACGACGAAGAAGAUGGCUUGACCAUGCGAACGGCUCAAUCGGAUACACAAGUCACUACCCCACGCCCGCGGACUUUUGCGGAGAUGGACCAAAUGCUUAAGGAAAAGAAAGGACGCUUGCUUACCGACAGGGAACUGGUAGAACUUUCAAUGAAAGGCAAGAUCCCUGGCUAUGCCCUCGAAAGGACGCUCGGGGAUACCACAAGGGCUGUCAAAAUCCGAAGAGCCAUUAUCUCUCGAACACCUGCAACUGCCGAAACGACCAGUCUCUUGGAGUCCUCACUACUUCCAUAUGAGCACUACGACUUCGAUCGUGUCUUGGGUGCCUGCUGCGAGAACGUUAUCGGCUAUAUGCCUCUACCCGUUGGUGUAGCAGGACCGAUCGUCAUUGAUGGACAGAGCUUUUUCUUGCCUAUGGCGACAACAGAAGGUGUCUUAGUUGCUAGCACAAAUCGUGGUUGCAAGGCUAUCAACGCUGGAGGUGGUGCAGUUACUGUUUUGACUGGCGACGGCAUGACUCGAGGACCUUGCAUUGCAUUCGAAACGCUUGAGCGUGCUGGUGCUGCCAAAGUUUGGCUUGACUCCGAGGACGGCAAGAGAACCAUGACCAGAGCUUUCAACUCCACCAGCAGAUUUGCCCGACUACAAUCAGUCAAGACUGCCCUCGCAGGCACGUACUUGUACCCUAGAUUUAAGACGACUACUGGAGACGCCAUGGGCAUGAACAUGAUCUCUAAGGGUGUUGAACAUGCUUUAAAUGUCAUGGCUACAGAGGCCGGAUUCGAAGACAUGAACGUCAUCUCAGUGUCUGGCAAUUUCUGCACUGAUAAGAAACCAGCUGCAAUCAACUGGAUCGAUGGCCGUGGCAAGAGUGUGAUUGCAGAGGCGAUUAUUCCAGCUGAUAUUGUGCGAAGUGUUCUCAAGACCGAUGUGGAUUCGAUGGUUGAGUUGAAUCAAGCAAAGAACCUUGUUGGGAGUGCUAUGGCUGGUAGCAUUGGUGGUUUCAAUGCCCAGGCUGCCAAUAUUGUUACUGCAAUUUUCUUGGCGACUGGUCAGGAUCCUGCGCAAAACGUUGAGAGCAGUAACUGCAUCACCCUCAUGAAGAAUCUCCGUGGAAGCCUUCAAAUUAGUGUCUCCAUGCCUUCAAUCGAAGUUGGUACAUUGGGAGGUGGCACAGUACUUGAGCCACAAGGCGCCAUGCUUGAUCUGCUUGGUGUCCGAGGUUCACAUCCAACAAAUCCUGGUGACAAUGCUCGCAAACUUGCUCGCAUUGUCGCGGCCGGUGUCCUUGCUGGAGAACUGUCAUUGUGCAGUGCUUUGGCUGCCGGCCAUCUCGUCAAUGCUCAUAUGGCGCAUAAUAGAAGCGCUCCAGCCACAAGAGCAAAUACACCAGCACCGAGCGGUGCACAAACGCCAGUCACGGCUGCAGUUCAAGCAAUGCAAGAAAAGGCUGGGUUGGUCAUGUCGUCUGCAGCUGUUCAGAGAGCAGCAGAAGCGAGGAGGUAG